AUGUUGGAUGAAUCGUACCGCUACGUCGAUCACAUCAACGCGCGAGAAGGAAAGCGGUGCGCGCGCGUGGCGGAUUUCGCACGGCAUUUCAACGGCCCCCUCCGCGGGGAUGUCGAGUUCAUCGACCUCCAACCUUCCCACGCGCCGUCAGGGGUGCGGAUGAUUCUUCUCGGCGCGAUUUCCUCUCGAUCUCACGGCGAAGGGUCGACUUCCAACCCUAGCAAUCCGUAUCUUCGCUUGCAGAAUCGCACAUGGCGGCGUCCAAUCGCCUGUGAAAUAGACCAAUGGGAGGUCAAUCACGAAGGAAAAGGGAAUUCGAGAACUUCCAAACCGCCCCUUUCGCGUGUGUUGCUGCUUGGGAUGCUCGUUCAAACGGGAAACGCGGCGCUGGAAGAAAUUCUGCGGAAGCCCUUCGACGGCGAGGGUCGCGUUUCCAUCGCGAGGACGCCUGUUUUUGAAUUUAUUUCCAUUCAUCAGCGGAUGCCGGUGGAUCCUCAAGGAUCGGUGGGUGGGGUGCUCCCUUUUCUCGAGUGCGUGGUGGCGUUUUUAUCGCGUGAGGGGGGCGAUUUCGUUGACGGGCACACCCCUAGCGGGUUAAGGGGCUUCCCGGUUGAUUCGCAGACGCGUCUGACAGAGAAAGCGGCCGUGGAGCUGCAUUUCGUGCGGCUUCUUUCCCUCACACCGCGGAUGCCGGAUCGUUUUCGUUGCCACGCCGAGGCCUGGGUGUAUGGAGAGGGCAUGAACAUGCUGAAUGGGGUGUUUAAAUCCGCUUUUCUCAGCAACGUGGAGAAUCUUUCAUGGGGCCCUGAUGCCGAGCCCGCGGUGUUUCUCGUUCACCCGUACGAUCGCAUUCGCGUGUUGCUUUACGAACACGCGACGGUUGGUUACGGGGAUGUCGAUUUGCUCCGCAUCCCGGGGUUUUGGCAGGCAGAGGAAGGAAUUAUCUUCGAGUUCAACCUCCCCCUCGUCAGUGGCAGCCCCCUCUUUGAAGGGAAAAUUCGCCUGUGUUUGCGGCGGGUUCCCGUGAAAUUCGUCUACUCGCGGAUUCGGAAACGGUGGAAACGUGCGAUGAAAAGGGAAUCUGCGUACCACAAAGCGAUUCAGCGGCGUGAGGAUCAGAAGCAUAAUCAGGCGUUUAGCCUUUGCCCUAUGAUGUAA